AUGUACCAGGAGGGACAUGAGAUCUUCCUGAUCAUUUACCGUGUUCCCGGUGUACAGCUCGAUUCAAUCUGGUCUUCAUUGGAGCCAUCUGAGAAGGACGACAUCAUCACGAACCUGAAUGAAAUAUGCGAGAAAAUGCGGAAAGUCGAAUGUCCAGUACCUAACUUCUAUGGAAGUCUGGACGGCGGUGGCCUUCAUACCUUUCUAUUCCGCAACAAUAAUGACCAUCGAAAUUACCUAGGCCCCUUCUUCUGCAAAUCUGAAUUUGUUGCGGGCCUUGUGGGUAAUUAUAGAGCUUUGACCAAUCGCAAUGACCUUCCAAACUACAAGGCUCGCUUUUACGAGAAGUACAUGUUUCGUGUACUUGAAGGUCAUCGGUCUGUUUUGACGCAUGGAGACCUUCAACAGAAAAAUAUUAUGGUUGUGGAAAAUAAAAGUUCAAACUGUGAAGGUAGGCGGUCAUUUGACGUUGUACUAGUAGACUGGGAGAGUGCUGGUUGGUACCCUGACUACUGGGAGUUCUUCAUUGCAUCUUGGGCAUGA